AUGGUGUGGACAUUAGAGAAAAGUGGUAAAUUCACAAUGAAAUCUUCUUAUAAAAAGAUGUAUGAAGAGAAAAACAAUAAUGCAGUGGUUGCACCUAGAAUGAAGAGUAUUUUUAAAAAAUUAUGGAAGCUUCCUUUACUCCGAAGAAUUAACCAGUUCUUACGGAAGUAUGUGAAGAACUUUCUUCCUACCAGAGAUAAGCUAUCCUAUGCAAUUCAAAAGGGAGAUUACAGCUGUCCAUUCUGCUCUCAAAUGAUAGAAACUGCUUCUCACUGCAUUCUCAACUGCUCUAUGGUGAAACUUGUCUGGUUUGGUCUUCUUAGUAUCCAUACUCCAGAUAAUAUCAACCUUGAGGACUGGAUUUGCAGUCUUUUUGAUAAUAUCCAAGCUGGCCAUAUCACUGAGGAUGAAAUAUGCAAAAUAACAAUAGUCUCCUGGUGUAUUUGGACUCAGAGAUAUGACACAAUCUUUAAAGAAAUAUCAUCCACUGCAGAUAUCAUCAUCCAGAACUGCAGGAAAUUCUUAGCAGAAUAUAUUGAAAUGUCGCAUAAAAAGCCUAACAGCGCAAAUGGGAAAAACAGAUAUAACUUGCAUUGGUCUCCUCCUCCUGCUGGAGGUUUUACUAUUAACUAUGAUGGCUCCUAUCUUAGUAAUUCUGGUAGUAUUAGUCUAAUUAUGUGUGAUUUUGCAGGAUAUCACAAAGGAUCCAGAUGCAUCUAUCUAGUUGAAUCAUAG